GACGCCAGGUAAACCCAAAGCUUUGGAAAUUAAACCUGACUCGGUUGUGCUGUUCUGGACAAAAUCUGAAGAAAAAGUUGAUUACUACCAAAUUCGCUUUAAAAGCAAGGGUGGUCAAGAAAAAUGGAAAUUUGUCGUUACAGAUGCUGAUCAAAAUCAAUUAACCAUUAAUGGUUUAAUGGCAGAUACAACGUAUAUAUUUCAAGUUCGAGGAGUAUGUAAUGAUCAGGAAGGACAUUAUGGACCUGCAAAUGAUGCAGUGAAAACAAACGAAUCUCUAGCGACUUAUCUACUGAAGUUUUCAGUCCGUAUUAAUGAUAUGAACCCGCCAAAAUAUCAACUUUUUGCCCAAGAAUUGAAACAAUCGAGAAAUUAUGUUGCAAAAACAAGAAAACUUAUUCUUGGAAAUCCAAAACAAGGAUCAGAAGAGGAAAAAACAAUUAUGUUAGUUGGUGCAACUGGUUCAGGAAAAAGUACACUGGUUGAUGGUUUUGUUAACUACGUAAUGGGUGUGAGUUUUGAUGAUCCAUUCAGAUUCACGCUUGUACAGCUGGAGGAGGAGGAAAGAAAGACUCAUAAUCAGGCAAUAUCUCAAACCGAGUGGAUCACAGUCUACAAAAUUGCGCCUCAAAAAGGAAGUCGAUUGAACUUUACUCUUAACAUCAUAGACACACCUGGAUUCGGAGAUACAAGAGGUAUAGAACGAGAUCAGGGUAUCAUUGAUCAAAUCCGGUAUCUGUUUUCGUCACAAGGGGAAAAAGGAGUAUUAUUUGUAGAUGCUGUUUGUUUUAUUGUUAAGGCACCUGACGCACGUCUUACGGUUUCUCAGAAAUAUAUAUUUAGUUCAAUCAUGUCCCUUUUUGGAAAGGACAUUGAAUCAAAUAUAUGCACACUUAUCACCUUUGCUGAUGGCGCUGAACCCCCUGUUCUUGCCUCUUUAAAAGAGGCAAAUCUCCCAUUUGGCUCUACCUUUCAAUUCAACAACUCAGCCUUAUUUGCAGAAAACAAAAAUCUUACCUCUACGUCACUGUCGCCUAUGUUUUGGGAGAUGGGAUGUAAUAGUUUCCAAAACUUUUUCAACCAACUUAGUCAUUUUGAAACCAAAAGUCUUUCCCAAACAAAAGAUGUCUUGAAAGAAAGAGAACAACUAAAAACUGUAAUUUCUAGCAUCCUUCCACAAGUAAAAGCUGGAUUAUCAAAACUUGGGGAACUUCGAGAACAGUUAGAGAUAUUUAAAAAACACAAAGAUGACAUCGAAAACAAUAAAGAUUUUGAAUACGAAGUAGAAGAAACCAAACAAUCCCUAGUGGAUUUACCACGUGGACAACAUGUAACAAACUGUCUUCAGUGUAAUGUCACAUGUCAUGAGAAUUGCGGAAUAGCAGAUGAUGCUGAAAAGGCGGGAUGCUGGGCAAUGACAAAUGGCAUGUGUAGAAUAUGUAUUGGAAAAUGUAUCUGGUCAGAUCAUAAAAAUACGCCAUACAUAUUUAAGUAUUCAGUAGAAAAAGUAAAGAAAACGUAUGCUGAAAUGAAGGAAAAGUAUGAGAAAGCUAAGGGGUCGAAGAUGACGCAUGAAACUUAUAUCGAGGAGCUUACCUACGAUGUUGAUUACCUCUUUGAAAAUGUCCAGAUGAUGAUGGAAGAAAUGAAAAAAUGCAAACGAAGGCUUAAGGAAAUAGCUUUAAGACCCGAUCCUCUUAAUGCAGUUGAACAUUUAGACCUUAUGAUUCAAGCUGAAGAAACAGAAAGGCAACCAGGCUAUAAACGACGAAUAAAAAUGUUACAUGAAUUUAGGCGAAUGGCUCUUGUUGAUGAGCAGGUCGAAAACUUUGAUCUCAAUCUUAAAUCAACAAAAGAUGAUGUAACAUCAGCAGUUGGAAAAGCUUUUACUGGUUCUGGACGUGCCCCUAACAAAAGAAAGGCUGGUAUUAUGCAACGUGGACUUGGAUACCUUAAAUCUUUUUUUAUGUAGACGAAAACUUUAUUAUACAGUUUUUCCCCCAGCAUACACGUUGGAAUACAAUAAUACUUCAUGUUUAACUGAUAUUUAAUUUCAAUGGGAUUUUAUUAUAUAGAAAACAGACAACUAGACAAAAAAAUAUUUUUUGAUUGUAAUACUGUAGAUUCCUUAUUUUACUCGAGAACUUAAUUCCGCGAUUCUAUCUUUUUGCAUCAAAUUGCGAGAAUAUAAAAUCGCGAACACCGAUUUUUCAUCAUAUUUACUAAUAGUUUACAUCUCUCCGAAAAAUCAAAGAGCGAUUUUAUAAUCCGCGAGAUGUGCUCCUCGCGAUUUUACGCGGAUAUUAAUUCCUCGCGUUUAAUUAGGAAUUUACGGCAUUCAAAAAAAUAAAAAAUACAUUAUUAUACAAACAAACAUAAUCAAAUAAACAUAAGUAAUAAAAUGGAAAUAAUUAUACUAUUACCCACAGAAUAAUAGCUAAAUAUCUGCUAUUUUUGUGUUUUCCUAUGUUUUAGGGUUUUUUUGUCUUUUUUUAUGUUUUGUUAUUUUUGUUUUUAUGUUUUUUAUUUUUGUGUAUUUUUUUUUGUUUUGGUCAUCAUUUAUCAUUUUCUUAUAAAUCAUGUAUCAAAUAAAGGUCUUUUUAAAUAAUUAUUCAGAUAUGUGUAAGUUGU